UGUCCCCUCUCCUCCCGCCAGAAUCAGUGUCGCGAAUCUCGUUUUCGAAGCGAGCGGUCCGCACGCACACACAUGUCGCGUCGCGAAAUCAAAUCAUCGGCCCGGGAAGCGACAGUCCGUGUAACAACGCGCGCCGCGCGAGUACCGUCGUGCGUACAUCGUGCGCGAUCAUCGGCCGCCGCCGUCGCGGCGUGCGUGCUCGCGUCGUCGUCGUCACCACCGCCGUUGUGCCCGCCGUCGUCGUCGUCGUCAUUGUUGUUGUUGUCGCCGCCGUCGUCGUCGUCGUCGUCGUCAUCGUCGUCGUCGUCAUUGUCGUCGUCGUUAUUGCCGUUGUUGCCGCCACCGAUGUCUGUUCUGUGCAUGUUCGUGCGAGCUCGGUAGGUCAAAAUGGCGUGAACCGAGCGCGCGAUUUUAAGGUUAUCUUCGUGGCGGGUUCCACCGCGCGGCGGGACCGCGUACGCCCGGAACGUUAAUUGUGACCGGGUGUUUCGGAGCGUGAGUGCAAGUCCCGCGCUUAUCGUCGUCAUCAUCCACCUCCGUCGUUGUCGUCGUCAUCGUCGUCAUCGUCGCUGUAGCAGCCGUAACCUUCGUCGUCGACGUCCACGUUCCACCACGAACACGUCCGCGUUUUCCGUGCCGUGAGUUACAUGAGUUAUGAGGACGGAAUGCCCGCAGGCAGUAACGGUCGUAUCCGCGGUUACCCAGCGCGGAUGUCCGAGCGGCAACAGCUCGCGCUAAUCUUGCAAAUGACUUCUCAGGAAAUACUGUCAGGGGGAACUCGUUCGGAAAACACGACUACCACGAAUACCAGCUCGUCGAGAUCAUCGUCGUCGUCGGCGUCAUCGUCAUCGUCGUCGUCGUUACAGCAGCAGCGCGGUGCGAAGGGUCGCUGGUCCAAUAAAAAUGGAGAGUCGCCCGUUCAGACGCCGAUCAAUCGCAAGGAGGACAUUCGCGUACGGCAGAUCCUCGUGAACGGCUACGACAUCAACUCCUCCAGAGAAACAAAUGACAUUGCAGGCGCCACCGCCGCCACCGCCGGCUCACCACCUGACGAGAGUGCAACCGCCGCCGCCGCCGCUCCCGACAGCCCGUGCUCUCCUGCCGAGAUCACCGUGCCACCGGCGUCGUCGGCUUCAGCAGCGCCGUCGAGCGAGCAGCAAGAGCAGCAACAGCCGCCGCAACAACAGCAGCAGCAGCCGCCGCUCUACCAACAACACAACACCCAGUACCAACAGCAGCAACGCGCAGCCGGGAGUGCCGCAGCCGCUGCACCGCACGUCGCCGAGGACAGUGGAGCCCCCUGUGAAAUGCGGAGAACACCACCGCAAAAUAAAGUCGAUAGAUCGGGAACCGGGCAGUCUGGAAGCUCGCCGAGGGUGACGCUCCGGCUCAACCAGGUGCGAGGCACGAGGGAUGAGAAGAAAGGAGGGGGUGCUGCGAACUCCCGUCAGGGCGGCAUGAGCGCACAGGGUCAAGGUCAGAUGGAGACUUCGUCGAAGACGCCGGCCAGCAGCGCGUCGUCGACAAGCGCGAAUGCCGUUUCCGGCUCUGGCAAUACGUCUGGCAACACGUCGACGUCGUCCGGCGACAGCGGUGACGUCUACGAGUUCAAGAGCUCAAAGGAACCGACACCGGUGAGGGGCGCGAGCUCGUCGCCGAAUCCUAAUCCGGACAAGGAGAAGGAUGGCGGCAAGCCCUCGAGUGGAGCGCAAGGCAGCCAAGCAACUAGCGGUAGCAGUGGUAACACGUCUACCGCAGCUGGUGGUUCGUCUACAUCCGUCGGCGAGACGGCGACGACAUCGUUGACUACUGACGAGGCCGCUGCCGUCACCGCGUCGCCAUCAUCGAAACGAUCCUUCGAGAGUGACACCGCAGACGAGCAGGACGAGGAGAACCGACGCAAGAAGCGAAAGGACUCCGAGAACGCGAAGGAGAACACGAAGACUAACACGACGGGAAGGCAAAGCACGGGUAGAAAUGCUGCUGGUGUUAAUGAGAAGUGCGCCAAGUCGGGCAAGCAAGGAUCCGGAACCGCGUCCGGCAAGGGAAAUCAAAACGCGAGUUCCAUCAGCGCGGAUAGAAAGAGUCCUAAUAGUUCGAUGGCCAGCAGCCCGAAACCUUCGAGUACUCCUGGCUCAACGAGCACGAAGACCGGCACUUCAGCGUCGGCCGAGUCCGACGGCGAAGAGGAUCGAUCAAAGUGCUCGGACUCGAAUUCUGCGCCGAAAGUACCGCCUCUGAAGAUUGUUAUUCCACAGAGUACUGCGUCCGAACAGGAACAGGGCAACAGGAACGGCAAGAAUACGGCGAGCAGGAGUCAUCAGUUGCCGUAUGUAGUCGCCAGUUCGAACAGCAACGACUCUACAGAUAAGGAUCAGGGUCAAUCAGCUAGUGGAACAACCAGUCCUACAGAGGGUGGCAAUAGCGUGAAAACGGAGGACAAAAAGGACUUUAGUGGAGCUUUGCAUGGGGAAGAAAGAUCGACUCAUCAUCAGAGAGUUCUGAGAAGUUCGCAUAGAACUGGAAAUGGCGGUAACGGUAAUGCAACGCCAAAGGAAGCUACGCCUUCGUCGGGCAAUGGAAGUUACUCCAACUCGUCACCUUUACCCGUUAACACUUCUACAGAUCGUUCAAAUAAUUCGUCGCCGCAGCAAACGAGACAUCACUCACCGACGCCAGAGACGACCGGGUCUGACGCUGGUAAAUCCAGUUCGUCGGAGUCCACGAACACGGGAAACGUCUCGAAGUCCAGCGCAACCGUAGAGAAGACGGAGAAGAACGCAGAUACUCCUGGAAAGAAUCAGAAGGACAGCGGUAUAGAGGUCUCGGAUAACUCUUCGAGCAACACCCCGUCGAACGCGGCGUCUAACGCGAGCACGUCGGCGCCGCCUGUGGAGCUUCAUCCCAGGAAGAGAAAGAUGAAGCCUAGCAAGGAAGCGCAGCAGGCUGCGGCUACCGCCGCCGCGAAUGAAGCAGCCGAGGCUACCAGCACGGGACCAGAAGUUCAUCCGCACGAUCAACCCAUUACUAAUUGUUUUCAGUUGUUUCUUAAUAUUAGAAAACAGAUCGAAAGAAGACGGAAGGGAUUGUUCCCAGUUCAACCGAAACCUCCUCAAGGCUUCAAGGAUUAUCUAAUGAAUCGCUGUACAUAUGUGUUAGCUGGAAACGCAAAAGAGCCGAAUUAUAAUCUACCUGUUAAUCUCCACGGAGCUAUGAAAGAUCUGUUUGUUGAGCAAGAAAAAGAACGAUAUCAUCUGAGAAUGCAACACGUAGUCGAAAAAGAGAAAUUGGUCCUGUCGGUGGAACAAGAAAUUCUUCGAGUACAUGGUAGAGCAGCCAGAGCACUUGCCAAUCAGUCUCUUCCCUUCUCUGUCUGCACGAUUCUCAAAGACGAAGAGGUGUACAAUGUCAUUACCCCCGAACAAGAAGAGAAAGAUAGGAACGCGAGGAGCAGGUACAACGGGAGAUUAUUUUUGAGUUGGCUUCAGGACGUGGACGACAAAUGGGAAAAGAUCAAGGAGGGUAUGGUAAUGAGACAUCAUAACGAGGCGGAGUCGCUGCACGCCGUUCAGCUAAUGCAUUGGGAAUGGAAAUUGAAGGAGGUGGGACUGUGCGAAUCCAAGGUGACUCCUCAGAUAGACGACGGUCACGUUCCGAUAGUGCACGUAUCAGACGACUUCGAUUUGCUACCAGCUUAGUGUACAACAUCGGUACAUGUGUCCUGGUAUCAUAGCCAGCUUUUUUCUGUCUUCGGAACUCCGAGGACGAUGGCUUUAAUCUGUGAUCUCUUUAUCGAUGUAUGCACUGCUCCUAUGUCGUUACAGAUUCACAUUACAAACUGAAUUACAAACUGAACUGCGACACAGUGAAUUCCGAAAGUGCAUAUUGUAUGGUAAUUUAAACUUGAUCAUUAUGUUAAGAUUCCGCUUCGUUCGAGUCAACAAACUUUGGUAACAUCAGGUUUUCGACAUGUCAAAUCUGUUUUAGACGAUCUAUAACGAGGAUUUAGAAUUAAAUUGUGUAUUAUUUUCUAAAUUGUCCAUGUGACAAAAUUAUUUGUCGAUGCGUGUAUGCGCAAUAUUUGCAAAUGUUACAUUUACAAAUAUAUCUUUCAGAACAAUGAUAGAAUAUUAAUAUCUGUGAAAUUUAUAUCUGUUUAUGUUGCAAAUUGCAAAUAGAUCAUCUAAAAUACACUUUUGUGUGUGUGUGUGUGUGUGUGUGUGUGUCUGUAACAAAGGAAAGAUAAAAGACAUUGUGAGGCUAUUUUCGAAAUGAUUGGAAGUUUUUAUUAGAAGAGACACGGUAGCGAUUUAAUAUUUUACAAUGUAAUCUAACGUGGAUUACACUAUAACCGGAAAUGAAGAGAACACUUCUUUCUUAAUAAUGCUUUAUUAUUUUGACAAUCGAGAAGAUUGAUUGGUCGUAUACGUGCGGUUUCCACAGGAGAAAAGGGCAAGUUGAGAUAUUGACAAAAUCACAAUGACGGCGUGCACUUAUUUAUGACGAUUCCUAAUGACUUUACUAAAUUUUCUAAAUAAUAUAAUAAUGAAAUGAGAUAGUGACGUCGAGGAGUAUCUCAAAUUAGCUAAAUCGAACUGAAACCAUAUCGCAACCUCGCAUUUGUUUGAGUAUCCUUCGGAUAAUUUUUUUAUUUUUCUUGACUUGGAUCCUUAAUCCAAUUGUGGAAACCGAGUGUCAUUGAAGAAGUGUAUCCUUGAUUUUUUGGUAUAAUUUACAUUUAGUAAGUUCUUACGUUCUGAAUAUUCAUUAUAAUUCUCAUACAAUAGUUGUGCAAAGCAAGUAAAAUCAUGAAUGAUUAUUUGAUGUUUGUUACUAUUAUUAUUGGCAAGAGAGGAGGCAGCCUAGAAUGUAGUUUGUUGCUGCACUGACAAAUUCGCAGAAGAGAGAAAGAGAGUUCAUACAUCUUGCAUCGUAACAAUCUUAGUACUGUAUCUCUCAGUACACACGAUUUCCAUAUAGCAUUACAAUGUAAAUAUUUUGUAAUUAAUGAUUUGUAGGAAGGAAAAAAAUAUUCAACGAUGUAUAAAGUUUUUCAUGUAAGAAUCGAUAAAUAAAAAACAUUUUUAAAUAA